CUCUCUCUCUCUCUCUCUAUUCUUUUAAUAAGUCUUGAACUUAUCCGAGGCGGUCAGAAACAGAAGAAACACCCGAGACCACUCAGCUCAGUCUCACACAAACCAAGCAAAGCUCCCUCUCUGCCUCAUCACCUAACCCUGCGAUUUUGUAGAAGUAGAACAAAGAUUUUGAGAAAGGCAUACAGCUCUUACAGAGUUACAGUUAAAAUCCAUCGAUGAAACCCCACAGCCGCAAAUACCUCGAGGAUUUCCAAGAUACCCCACCACCAGUUCCUUCCUUCAGGUCCAGAGAUUACUACAACCACCCCAGGCCUCCCGAAGAACAGAAGCUACCGCCCACCACCACCACCACCACCACCAACAACAAUAACAACAACAAUGGAAAUGACGAUUUUUCUUCCCUCACUGAGCCAAUUACAAGGAAAUCCAUGGGGCAACCCAUUUCGGGAACCGCCUCCGCCUCCUCCUCCGCCUCCGCCUCCGCCUCUGCCUCCAUGGCUUUAACAGUGGUGGUACUCCUCACCGUGCUCUGCUUCGUGGGAUUCUUCUCUUUUUACAUUCACUGUCUCUCCGAGAAUAAUCCCCCAAACGAUCCCCGCCGCCGACGCCACCACCAGACACUCAGGGAUAGAGUUUCCUCUUCUGGGAUCGACCCCUCAAUCAUCCAAUCACUUCCUUUGUUCGCUUAUGACGGUAACGUCAAGGAGCCCAUCGAUUGCCCAAUUUGCCUAAACGAAUUUGAAGAAAAAGAAAUGGUUAAGGUGAUUCCCUUCUGCCGCCACGUUUUUCAUCCCCAAUGUAUAGAUGUGUGGUUGUCCGCUCAUGGGUCCUGUCCCCUCUGUCGUUCUACCCAGCUAGUCCUCCCUCUUCCUUUUCCUCAGCAACAAGAGGUACCACUUCCAAUACCAAUUCCAUCAUCGUCUUUGGUUGUGACAAGGGCGAGUAGCUUCUCCUCUUCUUCCAGAUUACGGGAUGGGGUGUAUUUGCUGCCAAGAAGCAACAGUUUCUGACAUCUAUCUUGUUUAAGGAAAUAGUCGGCUGUCACUUCGGAGCAUCUAUUUUUUCAAGCAAAUGGCCGCCGAUCGUUAUCUACCGGAAUGUAAAUACAACACUGUAAUUUCUUAAACAAUGUAGUCACAUACUCACAGUUGCAGAUAUUUUUUUUGAAGAAAUUACACUUUCCUCCUCUGUAUGUUUCACGUAUUACACUUAGACUCCCUGCGAAAUUUGAAAUUACAACCACACCUUAUAUUCUGAUAGAAGUUCAUGUUAAA